AGAAGAAGAAGAAGAAGCUGUAGCGACAGACGAAGAAGAAGAACAAGGAGAAAUAAUCCAAACAUCUCAGUUUUAGCUUUUAAACCCUCGGCUGUGCGGUCAUGACAGGACGCUGAGUCAACUCCCCGAUUCAUGACCGGUGGCCGGUGAGGUCAUGGAUAAAUAAAUGAUCAGCUGUGGAGCUGCAGGAUAAUGUCUGUCCACGCCCUCCUGCGAUGCAGUUUCAGAUUACUGAGGAAGCGUGUGGCCACACACUCAAUCUACCAAAGACCUCUGUCAGGGGCCGAGGCUGUGACUGCACUCAGACCGUUUUAUUUCGCUGUCCAUCCAGACUUCUUUGGUCAAUAUCCCAGAGAACGGGAGGUGAAUGAGAAUUCACUGAAGAGGUUAAAUGGCUAUCUGGAGAACCUGCAGAAGCCUGGCUCCCGCUUCGUUCAGCCAACGAAGCUCACCUUUUACAUGAGGCACACGAAGGAAAGCAGUGAUGAGCAGCCAGACCGCCUAAAUUCAGGGUUCCGGUCCGUCAGUUUCACCCUCCGCACAAACGACGUCUCGAGCACAGUGAUGAGCAUCUUGACAUCCUGCGACCUCCCCGUGGAGCACAUGAAGGGACUGAAAGCAAGGGAUGCCAAAUCUGGAGGUUCACCAGAGACGGUGUUGUCUUUCUACAGACCCAUCAAAUGGGAUAAAAGCUUCUACAGCUUUACUGGCUACAGGGACCCUGAGCAGGAGCUGCAGCAGGCCAUGAGAGUGGAGCCUACACUCAGUUCGUGGCUGAAAAACAACGAACCUGAGGCAACGAAGAAGCAGAGUGCUAGUCUUCCUCUGAGAGCAGAGCUGAACAGACUGAAGAAGGAACUGUGCCACAAAUAUAAUUUGACCGAUAUCAGGUGGCAACGCAACUGGGGAGUGGCUCACAGGUGCAGUCAGCUCCAGAGUCUAAAGCGUCUGUCGCAGCAGAACCCCGACGCUCUGACCAACCUGAAAGGACAUACCGUUGUGUUUGCUGACCAGUCAGGGAUGAACGUCUCUGGACACGUCAUGCUGGGAACCAUGGACGUCCAUCAUCAGUGGACCAAACUAUUCCAGCACCUGCCUGGCUAUUGCAGCCUACGGAAAGAGACGGACUGGCUGAAGGAGAGGAUAAGCCUCCUCCUGGGUGGGACCCAAGUGGUCCACAUUGAGAGGCUGGAUCCAGUCCAACCCAUCGCCGACCACUACAGCACCCUCAACGCCUUUCACCAAAACCUGAUCUCCCAGCGGCUUCGCCUGCACCCCAGGAGCUUGCAGGGCCUCACAAUCUUACUGCAGAAUAAUCACUCUAAACCCAGUCUUCAUGAGAUGGGACACUUCAUUAUCCCCACCAACUGUGACCCUCCCAAGCUGCAGAUCUUCCUCCAGAACCACGCGUCCGAGGCCCGACAUCGCACCCAGUGCAAAAACCAGCUGCAGGAGGAGGAGGAGGCCGUGGUGAAGCUCUGCCUCCAGAGUCUGUCUCUGAGGAGCCUCUCCAAGGAGCCGAGCGUCAGCUCCAGCCAGAUGAUCCUGUGCUGCAAGCGGCUGCUGGAGCUGCGCUCGCCGCUGAUGCAGGGUUUCCACGUCUGUGUUUCUCACUUCUACUCGGUCAUGGAAGACGGAGACCUGUGGGUCCCCUGGGACUGGAAGAGCUGAGCUGGAUAUGACACCGACCGCACACAUAUAGGAAGUAUUUUUUAACUAUUUAAUAAAGUAAAUGGACACGUCUAACACUCAACUGAAUAAAUACAGUAAGCAAACCACCAAAAUUCAGCACUCAGGAUUAGAUGCAAAGAUUUAGUCCGACCACGAUUAUACCCACACUGAACAACCACAGUAAUAUGGACCGAAACGGCUUCAAUCACAAAAAAACGCAAUUGUGAAAUGUAAAAACAUUGUCUCGUGUAAAUUGUACAUGUGUAAUAAUAUAAAUCUUCAGUUAUUCACAUUAAAAGAAACUAUUGUGUAUAGAAAUAAAUUUAAAAAGAGCACUUUUA